UUGUGUCAACUGAUUCUGCUUAUGGAUUUGAUCAUUAGAGUCGGUUGUGGUGUCGAGCGGUCAUAACUAAGCAGUUAAGUUGAAAGUCACGCAUUCAUAGAUCAAGCAGACGAUCGCAGCAGAAGAAAAUGAGCGGCAGAGGCAAAACCGGCGGUAAGGCGAGAGCUAAGGCCAAGACUCGCUCCUCUAGAGCGGGACUUCAGUUCCCCGUGGGCCGCGUCCACAGGCUCCUCCGUAAAGGCAACUAUGCGGAGCGAGUGGGAGCCGGCGCCCCCGUGUAUCUGGCCGCCGUGCUCGAGUACCUGACCGCCGAGAUCCUCGAGUUGGCCGGAAACGCCGCUCGGGACAACAAGAAGACUCGCAUCAUCCCCCGUCACCUGCAGCUGGCGGUGCGCAACGACGAGGAGCUGAACAAGCUUCUGGGCAGAGUGACCAUCGCUCAGGGCGGCGUGCUGCCCAACAUCCAGGCCGUGCUGCUGCCCAAGAAGACCGAGAAGCCCGCCAAGUCCAAGUAAACGGACGGGAGUUCGUCUUCUGUAAACCCAAAGGCUCUUUUAAGAGCCACCCACAUUAUCAAUGAGAGAGCGACGAGGUUUCUCU